CGAUUUAUACAUUUUAUGCAUCAUUUGUGCUCCUAUAUUUAACCUUGGCCUUGAAGUAACCAAUGAAAUGCUUCCUCAUACUUAAACUUUCCACUGCCAGAUUUCGAUAACCUCUUAAUGUUAGUAAACAAAAGAAAAUGUCGGAUUGACGCUAUGGAUUUGUGACUAAAAGUUUCAUUUUUAGUUAUUUGACAAGUUCUGACCUGUCAUUAGCUUGUAACGAAUGAAAAUUUGACGAAUCCUGUUAUUUAUUUAAUUUAUUUAGUGAAAUGAAUGAAGAAAAGAGUUCGUCUGAAGAAAGGGAGAUGAACCAAUCAUCUUCCUCUUCUGUACCUGACAUGAGGGAUUGGGAUAUGUUAGAUUCUGAUAUUGCGGCAAGUAAGAAAGGCAGUGUGUUAAGUGAAGGUGAAGCAGAAGAGAAACAAAGUCCUUCUGGGCUCUUUGUACACGAAAGCCUUGGACACUCUGGUGUCGAAGAACUCAUUGCUGAUAAGGAUGGCUUGCAUCACACUGACAGUAACUCUUCUAGUGACAUCGACAUCAUCGACGAUUGUAUCGACACUGACGAUAACCACAGUAAUUUAGAUGUUCCCAUUAUGGAUAUUUCAUUUUGUUCCUCUGACAUUAGUUCAACUAUGUCAGCAUCUGAAGUGGCUCCUCCACCCCCUGCCCCUGUAGAAGAGAAAGAUGCCAAUCCAGAGGGAGAGACACCUGGACCUGCACCUAAUCAAGGAAAUUCAUACUUACACUAUUUUACCGAAAUUUUGAGAUUGGUCAUCCAUGGGGCACUGGACUACUACAGGGAUGGGAUUUCAGUGAAGGAGUUAUUUAUUGUUGCUUUUGUUGCUACUAUCUGCCUUGCUCUCUCAUGCAUUCAACUCACCUUACUUAGAACGUCUCUGCAUGAAGCUAAAAUGGAGCAGAUGGAAGGCCAUGUCAAUAAAUUAAUAACUGAAAAUGAGCACUUGAAAAGCAAAGUUUUAGCUAAAAUUGAAGGUGGUAAGCUGUUUGGAGAACUUGAUGAAGGUGUGAGAGAUCUAAAAUCUGAAAACUAUAAACUUCAUAAAGCAAUGCAGACAGUAAUCCAUCAGCUGGAAGAGCAAACAAAUGCAAUCAAAAGAGGCAUUGGCGGGAAGGGAGAUUCGUUGAAAGACCCUUACAGGAAAGAGAUAACAAAACUGAAAGAACAAAUCAAUCUAUUGCGUAUUGACAAUGAGGAAUUGCAGAAGCAGCUGGUACGAAUUCGGUACGGCAAGCAUCCCACUCACGCAGAAAAUCAGGAGAAUAAAGAACAGAGAUCUAGUUCUACGUCGGAUUUGGAGCAAGAUAAAGAUCAGCAGCAAGAAAUCCAGGAGCUUCGCCGAAAACUCGAUGAAGAAGUAGCGAAAUUGAAGAAUUGGAAAGAUUCUAUUGAAGAUUUUGUUAAAGAAAUAGAAAAACCCCAUAAAGGAGAAGGGUUUCCGAAGAAAAACCAUCGCGACGAAUACCACCACGAGGAGAAACAUAAAGAAAAGUUUGACGACGAAAAGCUUAAGGAAAGGUAUGAUGAGGAAAAACGGAAAGAAAAAUAUGAUGAGGAAAAACGCAAGCACAAGAAGAAAAACAAAAGAUUUUAUAAUUGGUCUUGGAAAGAAAUCAAAAACAACUUUAAGGGAACGAUAGAAAAUUUUCCAGAUGUCUCUGACAUGAUUUCAAAGUAUGUUCUUUUCGACAAAAAGAAAGUGGAAGGCAUUUUGGACUAUAUUUGCCAUUACUACAAAAAGGCCCAAGAUAAAACCCAGAAGAUUCUCGAAUCAUAUUCAGUAGAUGAAAAGACCCAAAAUGUUAAAAACGAUAUCUGGACUUUGAUGGGAGAAAUGAAGAACAAAUGGAUUCAUAUGAAAGAUGACUUCUUAAAAACACAUUUUGGUCCUGCUGGCGAUAACCAAAACUUAGAAGAUGUCUCGGCUGAGCCAGAGGAAAAUGAUUCCACCAACCCAGAAGCAGAACUUAAUACUGAUGACCAACAUCUACCUCCUGAUGAUAAUGAUUCAAAUUUGCAUGAAGAUACAGAAUAUGUUGUUGAUGAUUCAAGAGUAGAUGAAUCAGAGACAGUUCUUGAUGAAAAGGAGUGGGAAGAAAAUAUGUGGAAUAUGAAAGAGGUGGAUGAGUUGCUGAAAGAAGCACAGCGCAGAUUUACGCAGCAGGAGUCAAACAUCAAUUCGUGGAUGUUCGAGAGAGCUCAACAUCGUGCAGAAUUGCGUGAAGAGGAUGGUCCAGAAGAUGAGGAUGCUGACAAGAACUGGUAUUUACGCAGAAAUCAUGAUUAAUUGGAUGACACUUUCCAUAAUGAAGAUUAUCCAGAAGGGAAAUAAUUAAGGAAAAGUUUUUAAAAAAAGUGAAUGUCAAGGAAAAUGUAUCGACAUUAGUCUCGGUAAAGAUAUCUGCAAAAUACAUUAUACUUUUUGGUAUUUGUUCUUUAUACUUUUUUUAUGGUAGACAAGUGGCAAUUUUGGUAUCAAACCAGCAUUUUAAAAAUACUGUAACAAUAUGUAUUUUUCCCCUUCUAAAAUGAGAUAUAGUGAAACCUCUGUUAAAUGUACAUUGGGAGUGAUAAAAUUGUCUGCUUACAUGAGUUGCGUGCUUAUGGGAAGGGUACGCUAAUAACAAGCUUUAACAUCGUAAAUUGCUUUCAGAAUAAUUCCAAUGAUAUAGAAAAAGUUGAAUAGUCUAUAAUAAUUAUUUACAAUGUUAUUAUUUAAGUUUUAAAAAAUACUCUUUUCAAUACAAAAGAAAAAUAUAUGAAAACAUUUGAUAUGUACGUAUAAUUUUAGAUAUAGGUUCAGAGAAAUGAAUAUGUUUUUUUUCCCUAUUUAAACGGACAUUCAAGUUAAUCCUUAUAAUAAAAAAUAGGCACUUUCAGUCUCACACCACUUCCUCAGUUUGAUUAUUAGGUUUACACCCCCUGACACCUGCCUAUCACUUGAUAAGAAAAGUGGCAAUACACCCUUGAAAGUAAACCUCCCACUUUGCUUUGAAAAAAAGAACACAGUAAUGCAUACCUGUAAGGCAGGGGACUCUAUAGUGUUGUAAUAUUCACAAUCAAUCAUCUAUCAAUUGUCUAAAAAAUGUUUCAUUUAUAUGAACACCUCAAUGUCUAGAUUUCUGUUCUCUCUCUUUUUUUUCUCUUUUUUUUUUACAUUGCUGCAUUAAAUAUAGUCUUAAAAUUGAUAAUAAGUAGAAAGGAAUUUUCAGCGUGGAGGAGAAGUUGAGAGCAUUUAAGACCAGCUUGUGGGGUCUCAUAACCAGUAUUGUCCAAGUGAAAAGAUACCACUGUCUGAAAUAUUUCACAUGAGUAGUAUCAUUUUCUCUCC